GCAUUAUUUGGUUGUUGUAUCUCAAAAACUAGAACGAAAGGAAGUCGCACAGUCUCUGCGUUGACAACAAAAAGUUCAGAUUAUAGAAAACGGUUGAGUGGGGACAUCGCCAUAUAUCCGCCUCUUUACAAAUCCUGACUUUAAAACAAGCAAAUAAUUGCAUUGAUAGUUUUCCCCGUUGGGCGGCUCACAUUCCGUCGAACGCGCAUUUUGAUGAAAUCACAUCGAAGCGACCAAUAUAAGAAUAAUCAAAGAAAUAAAAAUGUCUUCUGCUUCAGGCGACCUUGCCAUGGGAAAAAAGUUCAUUAAAAAACUGCUCUACGUACAGGAUGUGAGUACGGAAGUCGACAUCGUCAGUGAAAUACCGGAAUUAUUUCUUCAAUAUUUCGGUCACCAAGAUGACGACGGAAAAGUGUAUGAUUUGAAUUUCGCCCAGUAUUUAAAGAGUUCAAAGUCCAAUGUGCAAAUUCUGAAACCGUUGUUGCAAGACAUUGUCAGAUGGGUUUGGGUCUACUCCAAUCCUCUUACAUCUAGUGUGCAAUCAAACAACAUCGCCAUUCAUGCUUUCGUCAUUUUCAGAACGGAAAACUCGACUGACGGUAGCCGUACGUGGUGGUCUCUCGAAAAAAAUGGCAUUUACAUUAUUCUGCGUCAAUCGUCGCCAAAACAACCGACUGAAUCGAAUGUGUUGAAUCAAUUUACCGACUCUGAAGGAUCUGAAAUGAUUAAAUACGUGUACGACGUGCACAAGAAAAGUCUCGUGCUCAGACUCGAGCCGACGAAAGCCUUGGCAAGUGCUGUAGGCAAUCACGCAGCGCUCUCCACUUUAUUGGCGGCUCUAUUCUAUACGAGUCAAGUGAGCAAACCGUACAAUCUCCUUACUGCAAACUGUCAAAAUUUCGCAUCGUUCGUAUUCGAAAGGGCUAAUGGAGAAGGGAAAAUGUGGUCGACUGUAACAAGUGGUCUAGUUGAUAAAUUUAAACACACCAUCCAGAAAGCUGCUGGCUCCGCAUUCGACCCAGAUGCAAUCAAGUACAGUCACAUUCUAAAUUGCGAUAAAAUGGAUUGUUAUAAAGCGAUCAUCGAUAAUGAUUUCGCGGAAUUCACACGUCUAGUGGAGAAAUUUACAACAGACUUUAACAGUGCCGACUCUCAAGGCUAUACCCUCCUCGAAUGGGUCCAAGCUUUUUCUAGAAAAGAUAUGGAAGACUACUUGACGGAGGAGAAAAAUGCCACCAGUAAUAAUUUGUCGGAUCAAAAUGUUCGCUACAUUAUUUUACAGUAUCUCAAUUCAAACGAAGAAUUUGAUUUUAGUGGAACUAUUAAUGGCAGCGGGGUGGUGAAUCCAACGAACGGCACGGUUCUGCAUUUGGCUUUGUACGGAGAAAAAUGGGCAGUCGUUGAGAAGAUUCUAGAUGAAUGGGAUGGUGACAUCAAUACCACCAAUUCUCUUGGUGAGACCCCACUUCAUUUAGCUACUAAACUUAAAUGUCGAAAUAAACUAUUUAGCACAACUUCUAAGUAAGGCAAACUCAGAAAUAGGAGUUGAUCUAGUGGAUGUGCGCGGUUCAACUCCUUUACACUGGGCACUAUCCGAAAGAUCACCGUCGAAAUUUAAAAUCAAAAUGUUAUUGGAAAAGAGUGAAAACCUGAAUCAAACAGACUCGAAUGGAAAUACUCCUCUCCACUACAUACUGAGUUCCGAAUUCAAAUCUAUUGCAAAGAUGCUGUUGAAACACAUAAAAAGGAAGAAUAUGGAAAAUUCGUUGGAUGUCAACAGCGUGGGUGCCGGCGGAAUGACAGCACUGCAUUAUGCCGCCAAUUGGCCGAGUAUUCCAGUUGAACUAUUCGAGUUCAUUCUGAAAAAAUCCAACGAUGUCAACGCAACGACCGUUUCGAAUAGUACCGCCCUUCACUUCGCAUUAGCCAAAAAAUCAGAAACCGCAAUUCAACUACUGCUGAAUCAUGAUGCUGUUGAUGUCAACAUAAAGGGCAACAGUGGAGAAAUUGCACUACACUACAUAGCCUGUUGGUCCGAUUUCACCGAUGACAUUUUCACGCGAAUUCUACAAAAAACCACCGAUGUCAACGCAACAGAUAACCACGGAAAUACUGCUCUCCAAUUUGCGUUGUUGAGAAAAUCAAAGAAAGCAACCAAGAUCCUGCUGAGUUAUCUGGAAAAUCGUGAAGAUGGAAAUCGUGAGCCUGUGAACGUCAACAUCGCGAAUGAAAUCCAUUUUACAGCCUUACACUGCGCCUGCAGGUGGCCAAAUAUACCAGUUGAUCUAUUCAAUCUGAUUCUAGAUAAGACAUCGCGCGACAAUGAGCACAAUCGCACUGCUCUAUUCUGCGCGCUGAAUUCAAAAUCAAAGAUAGCAACCACAAAGUUGCUAAAGGAGAGUGACUAUUUUGUUGACGUACGCAUCCGGAAUAGAAGCAACCAGACACAACUCCACAUUGCCGCUUCUUGGCCAGAAAUUCCAGUCGAUUUGUUGGAUUUUAUUAUUGACAAAUUUAUUGAUGUCGUCAAUGAAAUGGACGUUGACGGGAAAACUGCUCUCGACAUAGCAUUAGAUUUCAAAUCGAAGAAUGCAGAGAGCAGAUUAAGAAGAGCACAGCGAGCACAGCAGAUGUAGAACAAAAUAAAAAAUACUAAAUUUCAAAUUUCAAACUUUUAUCCAUCCUUAUAGUGUACGCUGAAUUGCGAAAUGAGAGUGCGCACGUAAUUCGUGAUAGAUUAACUCAACAUUCUUUCUUCAAAUUAAUAAAUUUCCCCGGGGUAUUUUUUGUUAUCAUCUGUGACAACAAUCGACUUAAAAAUCAUUAUCUCAUCUUUGGUCAGCUUCAAUCGUCAUCACGUAGUACCAUCCUGACUAAUACGAAAAUCAAUCAUAAAAUAUUUUAAAGGUGUAGCAAGUUCUGGUUUUAUCUGCGUUUUUUUUUUUUUUUUUUAAUAUUAAACUUUUAGGCUACGGCUACAUUGUGAUAAAGGUGUGAUCAAGGUCCCACGCCAAAAGAUAAUAUUUUAUUGUGAUAUAUUACAUUGUUGGUAAUUAGGUUGGCGUCAGUUCGUUUCCUGCGUUUCUGACACAAUGGCUACGUUAACGACACUCAUCCACUUCCCCAGGACAAAAGUCAAAAUAUAAGUUACCCAACAUGGAAAUAAGCUUCGUAGCUUUUCCAAACAUCACCACCAACUCGGUGCAUCUAUCAUAUUUUAAAAAUAAGAAAGAAGAAGAACUGUUGGCACUAUGCGCCAACCCAGUAGCCACCAGAGGCAGAAUAGAGCGACUGAUUCACCUCGUCCAGGACCUCGACGUUGACAUUAACUGCGUCGACGUCGAUGGAAACAAUCCGUUACUGCUGCUGUGUCGGACGAAUCGAUGCAACGAUCUUUUCCCUUGCAUUCAGUCUCUGCUAUUAUUGUGUCAACGACAAAUCAACAUUAACCAUCGAAAUCUGAAGGGAUGGAACGCUCUCUUGCUACUCUGUCGCUAUCACGCCGACGAGAAUCUUCUUGACCUCUUCCGCUUGUUGAUUCAGCACGGAAUUGAUUUAAAUGCCAAGAACGACGACGGAUGCAAUGCCUUGUUGCUUCUGAGUCGCUACUAUAACAACGAGAAUUUACUUGAAAUCUUGAGCUUGUUGUUCCAGCAUAGUAUCAAUUUCGAUGUCAACUGCCGGACCGAUUUCGGAAGCAAUUCUCUGAGUUUAUUGGUCCGCUAUUACAGUCACGAGAAUUUGCCAGACGUUAUCCGCUUGCUCAUUUCCCACGGGAUCAACGUCAAUUCGAAAAACAACAAUAUGCGCACCCCCUUGAUUAUCCUGUGCUGCUUCCGCGGGUCUAAAGACCUCAUCGACUGCGUCCGGCUCUUGAUCGAGAACAGAGCGGACGUCAAUUGUGCAGACAGCGGGGGCUGGAACGCCCUGCAAUUCAUCUGCAGCAACUAUUGCAGAGAAAACGUGAUCGAAAUCGUUCGCUGUCUCUCGGCCGUUCCUUCCAAUGCAAAGAUUAUCGGCUGGAGAACCAAAAGCGGAAUUACGACGUUGGAAGCAUUUUCACGAAACUGGAGCGGGAGGCUCCACUCUUUAUUGGGCGAGCUCUCGUCCGGUAUCCGCUUACGUUUAGACAUGCAGUCAAUGGGACGAAUAAUUCUGAAUGCAUCGUUGUUAGGUUGUCCUCAUUCCGUCAAGAAGUUGAUGCUCUAUUUGCCAGCUGUUCCCGUUGACGUUAAUUAUAAAACCCCAUUCGAUUACAUGGAAGAAGUAGCUACCCAAUCGUUCAGCCUGUGCAAAGAGUGUUGUCAAGACGACGAGGAUCUUAGUCAAGAUUAUAUAAUCGAACUUCGAGACAUGUUAGAAUUUGUGCCUCGGUUUUUCGUCCAAUCGCCUCAUAAGAAAAAAGGGAUUUUUUAUAAUAAAGUUACUUAUAACGACAUUUGCACUUAUCGGUACGAAAGUCGACCCAGGCACAUUUGGGUUCCGUCUUAUCAAAAGUGGCUCAGUCUCUUGUCUGCUUGGCACGACAGCAACACCAUCUCGAUGAAGAAAAUCAACGACUACCUGGACAAACAUUCUCACCCGAACUACGACCACCAUAACCAUAACUUUUGUAAAUGGUGUCAAGUAAGCCGAGAUGUUGACGCUUAUCUGAUAAGGCUCCUGCAUAAAAUCAAAGAAAUCGACCCACUUUUCGAGAUCGAACGGUAUUACAUGUGCGGAAGUUCUUCUGAAAAGACGGACGUUUUUCUGCCUUGUGAAUUCGAUAAGGUUGUCGUUCUUAAACAUUUCCGCCAGUCAGCCCCAAACUGUAAACAAGUCGUCUACGCUGGAACGUGUCGUGAAGCGGAUUCUUCACUAGAGGCUGACGAACCGAUUAAUUCCAGUAGUUUACUUCGCCACUUUACCCAAUUAGUGGACACGGCUAAAGAUAGUGUUUCUAGUGUCCACGUCUUUGGGCCAAUAGUCGGGUACGGUGAAACCUGCGUGACUAUCCAUUUCCUGUACAGAGGUCGAUAUCCACCAGCCAUGAAAGCCAGCGUCGAUAUCACCGUGGCCGUCGACUUCUGCAAAGAGCAAUCCAAUAAUGUAACGGCCAUAUUUCCCAAAUGGUGCUCAAUCCCUCGUCACAUGCCCGCCUUUCUCGUUCCUUACCGUCGCACUGCAGGCAGCCAUUGGCAGAUAACUUAUCCAACCGUGGAAAGGGAUUUGUUGCUAAGCGCUGGAGAAUGUGUGGCCAGGGUCUAUCAGCUCCUCAAGCUUUUAUUUUCGCUUCAAGCCCAUAAGGCGAAGCAGGACAGAAAGUUAGAUAUUCCGAGAAAAAUUUGUCCGUCUUCUUACGCUAUCAAGACUUGUUUGAUUGAGUAUUUAGUUUUCCACAGCCCGCCACCUUGGGAAUCAAAAGAUACCAUUCGACACGCUAUCGGUGUAUUGAAGCAGUUCCCAAUGAACUCUUCGGAGAUGAAAUCUUUUUUUGAUAACAGCAUGUUUGUCUACGAAAUUUCUGAGAAAAGUAGAAAUUUCGUUUCGGAAGUUAUCUCCAAGUUGCUAAAAAUGGAAAUUUAACUCACCUGUCCAAAUAAAACCCAUAUUCUACAGUUUCUGUGAAUUGAAAUAUACAUUUCGGAUUUUUUUUUCAUUAACUUGGUAAUUAAAUUUUAAUGAAAAUGGUUUCUCUUCAAUUGAUUACUUUAAAACUAUUUCUCCGUCGACCCGGCACAAGGCGAUCCAUCGCGAUAUACGAUAUACAUCGCGAUUAUGCCAAAGAUUAUGCAACCAAUUGAACUGUAUAAAAUAACAAUUGUAUUUUCUCUCAUUUCAAUAUCAACACUAUUUGAUUUAUGCACAAUUUAAGAAAAAAUGUACUGAAUUGUUCCGCAUUAA